AUGGCAAGUAAAUUCCAAAAAAUUCUCGAACAAGCAACGGACAGUACACUUGUUGAACCCAACUGGGAAGGAAUUAUAGCAUGUACAGAUAUGAUCCGAUCCGGAGAAGUUCCAGCAAAACCAUCACUCCAAGCUAUCAGAAAACGCCUUCAACAUGAGAAUCCGCACGUUGUCAAUCACACUCUUCUCGUUCUUGAUGCCUGCGUUAAGAACUGCGGGCACAAAGUUCAUGCAGAAGUGGCAACUCGCGAGUUCAUGGAGGAUUUCAAGAAUUUGGUAACCGAAAACAAGUACGAUGAGGUGAAAAACAAGUCAUUAGAGAUGCUGCAAUGCUGGGCGACUGCGUUCGCAAACAAGCCGGAAUAUAAAAUGGUUGUGGACACCCAUAAUCUGAUGAAACUUGCUGGAUUUGACUUCCCUUCACUGAAAGAAGCCGAUGCAAUGUUCAUGGCUCAAGUUGCACCGGAAUGGGCAGAUGGACCGGAGUGUUAUCGAUGCCGUUCAAUUUUCACUGUUUUCACAAGAAAGCAUCAUUGUCGAGCAUGUGGCCAAAUUUUCUGCGAUAAGUGUAGCUCAAGAGAGAUGGCGUUGCCACAGUUUGGAAUUGAAAAAGAAGUUCGUGUAUGCGAGACAUGUUACGAGAAAAAAGUGGCUGAAAUCAAGGAAAGGUAUCCUGCUUUGAAAAAACAACUGGCAGCGGCUGUGGCUGGAAAGAAAUCAGUCAGUACUGGCGGAGAUUCAGAAGCUGACAGGGCUGCAAAGGAGAAGUUGUUGCGAGAGAAAGAAGAAGAGGAUUUGGCAUUGGCGAUUGCUAUGAGUCAGAGUGAAGCAGAAGCAAAAGAGAAGGAAAAACAAAAUAGCCUGUAUCAUAUGUAUAAUGGGAUCAAGCCAGAAACCGAUCAGGGUGGAUAUAAAGGAGCCGCUGAGACAAGUACUGCUCCACCUGCGGAUGACGCUGCCGCCGAUCCACUUGCAAGAUAUCUGAACCGAGACUAUUGGCAACAAAAGAAAGAGGGAAAGGUGGAGGAAUGGAGUGGAGCCACCUCAACUGUUGGCGCUCUGUCCGCAACUGCUCCGCCACCAUCAGAACCUUCGAUUGCUCCAUCUAUCUGCUCAACUCUUAUGGGACCAGAUGAGAACUCGCUGAACGCCGAAAUUGCUGCAAUGACUUUGGGUGCCACAAACGGUUUGAACACCUCUGUGAGCGACGAUGCGAAAGCUCAAGCUGAUGACACAAUGAGAUGGUGUCAAUCGAUAAAAGAUCAAGUGUCUGUCAUGGAUAAUAGAAUUCGAUCGAAUUUGGCAAGAGGGCGACCAGUGUUCAAUGAUUCUGCAAUUCAGGAUUUGUUCACUCGACUGACCGAAUUCCAUUCUCAUGUACUCAGUCGAAUGCACACUCUUGAUGAGCAACGUGGAUAUUACGAAGGUCUUCAAGAUCAUCUAGCGAAUAUCGGAGAAGCAAGACAAGCUAUCGAUGAAAUGCGUGAGGAGCAUGAAAGAAAGAGACAAGAACGAAUGGCUGAGGAACAAAGAUUGCGGCAAGCUCAAAUGCAACAGACCCUCGAAAUGAUGCGGAUAAAGAAGCAUGCGAUGCUGAUGGAACAAAGAGAGCAAGCGUUACAAAGGUUCCAACAACAACAGCAAGAGAUGGCUAUGCGUCGACAACAACAAGCAUACUACAAUCCACAGAUGGGAUACGGAGCUCCGCCCCCUGGACAACAUCAACCAUACUAUGGAUAUUCACAAGGACAGCAAGCGCCGGCUCAGUAUCAACCACCACAGCAGACUCCGCAGCCUCAGCAGUACUAUCAACAAUUCCAAAAUGGUCCGGCUGCUCCUCCAACGUCCACCAAUCAACAUCAACCUUCAAUGCAGCAACAGUACCAACAACAGCAACAACAAUAUCAAGGUUACUAUCAACACCAGAAUUAUCAACAACAAGGAGCGUAUCAACAACAACAUCCUCAGCAGCUCCAAAACUAUCAGAAUGGAGGAACAUCGACGCCGGUAGAAAAUGGGCAAUACUCGCAACAAGGGGAUGUAAAUCAGGAACAUACCAGCCAAAUGUAUCAACAACCUUCUGUUAAUGGUCAGAAUGGUUAUGGGAAUGUAGAUCAAAACAACGUUGCUGCUGCUCAUCCACCACAACAGCAGAUGGCAGAGCAACCACUCAUUUCGUUCGACUAA